AUGAAUAUGAAACAGAAAAGUGUGUACCAGCAAACUCAAGCACUUCUGUACAAGAAUUUGCUUAAGAAAUGGAGAAUGAAAAGAGAGAGCUUAUUGGAAUGGAUGUUCCCAAUACUUCUGGGACUGUAUAUGGGACUAUUUUCACAUUUCAAAGAAAAGACAUAUCUUCCUGAAAUUCCUCCUCAGACUCUGGGAAGGGCAGAUAACUUUAAUAACUCUAUAGGUGUUGUAUAUACACCUAUCUCUGAUAUUGCACAGCAGAUAGUGAACAAAACGACAUUUGCUCCCUUUGUGAAAGGUAGCAGAAUCAUUGGAGUACCGAAUCAAAAAUCCAUGGAUAAAAUACUUCUAGACAGUUUCUCAGACCUGGUGGGAAUCAUCUUUAAUGAUGCUUUCUCUUAUAAGUUAAAAUUUAUUCAGGGAUAUCACAUUCCAUUUUUGAAGGAAGAUCUUUUCACAGCUCAUUGUUGGAAAGUGCAUGGUGACUUUUCCUGUUCUUUGGCCAAAUACUGGAAUGGAGGAUUUGUGACUUUGCAAACUGCAAUUAACGCUGCUAUUAUACAAAUUGCAACAAACCAUUCUGUGACAGAAGAGUUGAUGUCAGUUACUGCUAUAAAUAUGAAGACUUUACCUUUUAUUGAUAGUAACCUUCUUCAAAAGGAGAUGUUUAUUUUCUACUGCCUUCUUUACUUUUUUCCAUUUAUACAUUUUUUAUCACUUAAUGUUACAAAAGAGAGAAAAAAGUGUAAGGAUUUGAUGAAAAUGAUGGGUCUACAAGAUUCAGCCUUCUGGCUCUCCUGGGGUUUAAUCUAUGCUGGCUACAUCUUCAUUAUUUCCAUAGUCAUUACAGUUGUUAUAACAUCUACCCAAAUUAUAUUCAUGACAGGCUUCAUGGUCAUACUUACACUCUUUUUCUUAUAUGGCUUAUCUUUGAUAACUUUAGUAUUCCUGAUGAGUGUGUUGCUAAAAAAAACAGUUCUCACCAAUUUGGUUAUGUUUCUCCUCAUUGUCUUUUGGGGGGGCGUGGGAUUCGCUGCCUAUUACAGACAGCUUCCGUCAUCUCUGGAGUGGAUUUUGAGUAUUUGCAGCCCAUUUACCUUCAGUGCUGGAAUGAGUAAGAUCAUCCACUUGGAUAGUACUAUGAAUGAUGUAAUUUUUCCCGACCCUUCAGGAGACUCCUAUAUAAUGGUUGCAACUUUUUCUGUAUUGGCUUUUGAUGCGCUUUUCUACCUGGCACUGGCAUUAUAUUUUGACAAAAUCUUACCCUGUGGAAAUGAGUGCCAUUAUUCUCCAUUAUUUUUCCUGAACUCAUCUUGUUUCCAACACCAAAGGACUAAUAAUAAGGUCAUUGAGAAACAAAUAGAUCCUGAGCAUCCUUCCAAUGAUUGUUUCGAACCAGUAGCUCCAGAAUUCCAAGGAAAAGAAGCUAUCAGAAUCAAAAAUGUUAAGAAAGAAUAUACAGGAAAGUCUGGAAAAACAGAAGCAUUGAAAGACUUACUCUUUGACAUAUAUGAAGGGCAAAUCACAGCAAUUCUGGGUCAUAGUGGAGCUGGCAAAUCUUCCUUGCUAAACAUCCUUAAUGGGUCAUCUGCUCCAACAGAAGGAUCAGUUACCAUCUAUAAUAAAAAUCUCUCUGAAAUGCAAGACUUGGAGGAAAUCAGAAAGAUAACUGGCGUGUGUCCUCAAUGCAAUGUUCACUUUGACAUACUCACCGUGAAGGAAAACCUCAGGCUGUUUGCUAAAAUAAAAGGGAUUCGGCCACAGGAAGUGGAGCAGGAGGUACAAAGGAUUUUAUUAGAACUGGACAUACAGAACAUUCAGGAUAACCUUGCUGAACAUUUAAGUAAAGGACAGAAAAGAAAGCUGACCUUUGGGAUUGCCAUUUUAGGAGAUCCUCAAAUUUUGCUAUUAGAUGAACCAACUGCUGGGUUGGAUCCCUUUUCAAGGCAUCGAGUGUGGAGCUUCCUCAAGGAACACAAAGCAGGCCGUGUGAUCCUCUUGAGUACCAAUCUCAUGGAUGAGGCUGACCUCCUCGCUGAUAGAAAAGUGAUCAUGUCCAAUGGGAGACUGAAGUGUGCAGGGUCUUCUGUCUUUUUGAAGAGAAAAUGGGGUCUUGGAUAUCACUUAAGUUUGUACAGAAAUGAAAUAUGUGAUCCAGAAAAAAUAACAUCCUUCAUUAAUCAUUACAUCCCUGAUGCUAAAUUAAAAACAGAAAACAAAGAAAAGCUUGUGUAUACCUUGCCUGUGGAAAGGACAAAUAAAUUUCCAGACCUUUUCAGUGGUCUUGAGAAAUGUUCUGGCCAGGCUGUGAUCAGUUAUGACAUUUCCACAUCAACUCUGAGUGAUGUCUUCAUGAAAUUAGAAGGAAGAUCAGCUAUCGAACAAGAUUUUGAACAAGCAGAGAUGAUAAGAGACACAGAAAGCCUACAUGACACAGAGCCAGCUUGGUCUUCUCUCCCUGAAAUGCAGAAGGCUGUGAGUGACUUUGGCCUCUGGAAAAUGCAGAUCUGUGCAAUAGCACGGCUCCGUUUCUUAAAGUUAAAACGUGGAAAGAAAGAGCUUUUGACCUUGCUCUUAGUGUUUGGAAUUGCAGUGUUCCCUCUGGUUGUGGAAAAGAUACUUUAUGCUGUAUUAUAUCAAAAGAGUGAUUGGGAAUUUAAACCUGAACUGUAUUUCCUCUCUCCUGGACAACCCCCUGAAGACCCUCGUACCAGCUUAUUGAUCAUCAAUAACACAGAAUCAAAUAUUGAAGAUUUUAUACAGUCACUGAAGCAUCAAAAUAUACUUUUGGAAAUAGAUGACUUUGCAAACAGAAAUGGCACUGAUGACCUGUCAUACAAUGGAGCUAUCAUAGUUUCUGGCAAACAAAAGGAUUAUAGAUUUUCAGUUGUGUGCAAUACCUUGAGGCUGCACUGUUUUCCUAUUCUUGUGAAUAUUAUUAGCAAUGGACUCCUCCGAAUGUUUAAUUCUACACAAAAUAUUCGAAUUGAGAGAAGCCCAUAUCCCUUUAAUUACAUGUUAUUCCGGAUUGGGCUGCCAGAAGGUUCCAUGUUCUUAUUUUGGGUGGUAUGCAGCAUGUCCCCUUACAUCUCCAUGAGCAGUAUCAGCGAUUACAAAAGGAGAAUUAAGUCCCAGCUAUGGAUCUCAGGCCUCUACCCUUCUGCCUACUGGUGUGGGCAGGCACUGGUGGAUAUUAGCCUCUUCGCUUUUCUUCUCCUUUCAAUGUAUUUAAUUUUCUACAUAGCAAACAUAACGAGCAUUUAUAUCACAAGUCGAAUUGUGUUUGCUUUGGUUGUGUUUACGCUUGGUUAUGCAGCUUCUCUGGUCUUCUUGACAUAUGUGAUAUCAUUUAUUUUUCGCAAGAGGAGAAAAAAUAGUGGCCUCUGGUCAUUUUGCUUCUUUUUUACUGCAACCAUCAUGUUUGACACCCUUGUAAUGAAUUACUUCAACUUACCUAUCUUGAUUUCCAGCAUGAUAUUAGUUCCCUCAUCUACCAUGGGUGAAUUUCUAGCUUUUUUGGCCGAGAGAGCCCAGGUGCACGAUGAUUCAAACAAUCCAGACCACCAUUUUGACCUGAGUGCAGUUGAUCUUCUAGUAUGCCUAAUACCCUACUUUCAGACGUUGAUAUUGGCUUUUAUCCUGAGAUGCAUGGAAGCAAAGUGGGGAAAGAAAAUAAUGCGAAGGGAUCCUGUUUUCAGAAUUUCCCCCCAGAGUAGAGGUGCUCAGCCUAACCUACAAGAACCUGAUGAUGAGGAUGAAGAUGUGAAAGCAGAAAGGAUAAGAACAGCGACUGCACUGGUCACUUCACAUUCAGACGAGAAACCUGUCAUAAUUGCUAGCUGUCUCCACAAAGAAUAUGUGGGGAAGAAGAAAAGUUGCUUCUCAAAGAGGAAGAAGAAAGUUGCAGCAAGAAAUAUCUCCUUCUGUGUUAAUAAAGGUGAGAUUUUGGGAUUGCUAGGCGCUAACGGUGCUGGUAAAAGUUCAUCUAUUAGAAUGAUUUCUGGGAUCGCAAAGCCCACAGCUGGAGAGGUGGAGCUGAGAGGAUGUGGUCCCGUUGGGGGUCGGCAGGGAGACACCACGGUGGAGUUCCUGGGUUACUGUCCCCAGGAGAACGUGCUGUGGCCCUGCCUGACAGUGAGGGAACAUCUGGAGGUGUUCGCGGCCAUCAAAGGGCUGAGGAAAGGGGACGCUGCUGUUGCCAUUUCCCGAUUGGUGGAUACUUUCACGCUGCAUGAACAGCUAAAUGUGCCGGUGCAGAAAUUGACGACAGGAGCCACUAGAAAGUUGUCUUUUGUGCUGAGUGUCCUGGGAAAUUCACCGAUCCUGCUUCUGGAUGAACCAUCGACAGGCAUGGACCCCAGAGGACAGCAGCAAAUGUGGCAGGUGAUCCAGGCAGCCAUUAAAAACACAGAGAGGGGGGCCCUACUGACCACCCAUUACCUGGCUGAAGCUGAGGCCAUUUGUGACCGCAUCGCCAUCAUGGUAUCUGGAAGGCUGAGGUGCAUCGGCUCCAUCCAGCACCUGAAAAACAAACUUGGCAAGGAUUACUUUCUAGAACUGAAAGUGAAGGAAUUGUCCCAAGUGACCUGGGUCCAAGCUGAGAUUCUGAAGCUCUUCCCACAGGCUGCACAGCAGGAAAGGCAUUCCUCCUUCUUGGCCUAUAAAAUACCUUUGGCGGAUGUUUACCCUCUAUCUCAGACCUUUCACAGACUUGAGGCAGUGAAACAUAAAUUUAACCUGGAAGAAUACAGCCUCUCCCAGUGCACAUUGGAAAAGGUAUUUUCAGAGCUUUCUAAGGAACAGGAGCUGGGGAACUUUGAAGAAGAAAUUGAUACAGACAUGAGAUGGGAACUCCUCUCUCCUUCAGAUGACUCUUAAAAGCUCAAACCUACUGAUUCUUUGUAUCAUAUAAGCUUAUGUUAUAUGUUAUAAUUGGCAGUGUGCAUAAUUUUAAAAAUGAUUAACAUCAAUAUGAGGUAUAUUUUGUGUUUUUAGUUAACAAAUGAAUAAAUUUCAAAAUUAUUCUUCUUAAAUUUAGGGAUAAUAGAAAAUCUGUGAUAAAGGCAAUACAAAGUGUUAAUAAUGUUACUUAAAGUCCAGGCGCCAGGUAUUGUGAAAAUAAAAUCACAAAUUUGGAAAGUUUUUGAAGUACAAUUUCAAACAUGGCACAUAAUUUUGAAAUAUCACAUUUACUAAAAACUCCCCUUGCCGCAAUAUGUGCUACAUGCCCAUUUGGGAUGCAUGAGGUUUAUGGGUUUGCUGUAAAACACAAGUAAAAUUCAAGAGUCUUCCUCUGAAAUCUUUUCAGAAAUUGUUUUGAAAUUCACAGAGUAAGGGGAUCCCUCGAACUCACAAAUGAACAAGCACGUGCCUCAGAAAAGCAGUUCGAACAAACUUUUUGAAAACAGGGGCACCGCGGCAUUUGUUCAGAUUUUUAAAAUUUUGAGUAUGUUAUUUUAUGAUUGUGGGAGGUGCUGAUUUCUCACCAGGUCGUUAGUAGUUUUCUGUGUACAGUUGAUCCUUGAACAACAUGGGGAUUAGGAGUGCCCAACCCCCGUGUAGUCAAAAAUCCGCAUAUGACUUUUGACUCCCCUAAAACUUAACCACUUAUAACCUACAGCUGACCAGAAGCCUUCCUGAUACCAUAAACAGACAAUUAACACAUAUUUUGUAUGUCAUAUGUUUUAUAUGCUGUGUUCUUGCAAUAAGUAAGCUAGAGAAAAAACAAUGUUAUUAAGAAAAUCAUAAGGAAAAAUACAUAUACUGUACUGUAUGGUAAAAGAUCCAUAUGGAGGUAAACCUGCACAGUUAAAACCCACAUAGUUCAAGGGUCAACUGUAUUUUCUGCUAUUUUAA